AUGAAAUUAGUCCAUGCUCCCGUCUGGGUUCUCUUUCGUCGGGUCCCUCGUGAACUCUGGUCGGAGGUGGGAUUCAGUACUAUUGCUUCGGCGGUAGGAAUUCCGGUACACACAGAGUUUCUGAAUAUCAAGCCUUACACCAAUGGAGUUGUCAAACUCCGAGUAGUCAUUGAGCUUGCCAAGAAAAGGGCUAAUUCGGUCCGUAUCACUGACAAGCUAGGGAACUCCGUUUUGGUGCUCACGGAAAUUCAGAAACUCCCACCAAAAUGUGGGAAUUGCAAAGAGUUUGGUCAUCUCGCUCUUCGCUGCCCCUCACCAAUUGCUCCUAUUGCAGUGGUUCGUCCAAGUGCUAAUAAAGUAGUCGAUAAGGUCUCUGUCGAGGAAGUGUUAGCCACUUCUACACAAAACUCUUCGUGUGAGGAGAUUUUCCCCUCCUCUGAUUGUGGAAUCACCUCCGGUAAUAUUCAGAUUCCGGGAUCUCCCAGGAAUCCUCCCUCGCCUUUGUCCAGCUCUACCUCCCCUCCUCAUCAGAACAGACCUGAGGAAGAUGAAGAGGAUGCCUUUAAGGUCGUUCAUAGGAGAUCCACCCCUCCUCCUUGCUCCCAGUCAGCUCUGGAAAAUGCCAAACAGUCAUCUCCGGUGACUUCGGCUCAGUUCAGAGAAGAAGAGGAUAUUAUCAAAAGCGCUCAGUUGGUGAUUAGGAACCGUUUCGAUGCCUUGCACGCCACAGACGCAGAAUCCUUCCCGGCUUUACUCUCUCUUAAGCAAGAAAGGAGGAUUAUUCGUCAGCAAUUUUUUGAGUCGCUUCCUCCGAUGGUACCGAAGACUUACCUUCAGGCAGUGGAACAGGGAGACUCGGUAGCCUUCAUCUAUGCAAAGAACACUCGGGAAGAGAGAAUUCCACUUUGGGAGCUUCUUAAAGAGUUAGCAGCUUCAUCUCCAGUUUCUUCCUCUCCUUGGUUGGUAAUGGGCGAUUUUAAUCAGAUAUUAUCUCUAUCUGAAGCCUACUCUCUCCUGCCUACGUCAAUCUCCUUGAGAGGUAUGGUGGAUUUCCAGGAAUGCCUAGACUCGUGUAGGCUUUUUGACUUAUCCUCAAGAGGUUGUGUGUAUACUUGGGAUAAUAAGUCCUUAACUAAUCCGAAGGCCAGAAAAUUGGAUCGAGCUAUCAUCAACGAGCAUUGGCAGGAUUCCUUUCCGAAUGCUAAUGCUCUUUUUGAUGCCCCCAGAAGUUCAGAUCAUUCUCCUUGCUUAGUUUCUCUCUCCAACGAGAUCCGAAGAAGGAAGUCUAGAUUCAAUUUCUUCACGUUUUUCACGUUCCAUCCAGAGUAUAACAGGCUUAUGGAGACUGCGUGGAACUCUGUGGCUAUCUCUGGAGGGCCUAUGUUUUCCUUGUACCAGCCUUUAAGAGCAGCUAAGCUUUGUUGUAAAGGUCUUAAUCGCUCAAGCUUCAGUAAUAUUCAAGCUAGGUCAAAGGAGGCCUUCGAUAAGUUGGAAUUAGUUCAGAGGGACCUUCUCACGGACCCUUCCCCUGAACUCUUUCAACAAGAAGCCACAGCUAGGGAGUCUUGGCUUCUUAUUUCAUUAGCUGAAGAAUCUUUCUUUAAGCAAAAAUCAAGAGUGAGAUGGCUUAAGGAAGGAGAUUCUAAUUCAGGGUUUUUUCAUCGCUCGGUCAAAUCAAACCUUUCUAGGAACGCUAUUCAUCAUCUCCGAGACGCCAAUGGUCAAAAAAUCUCCAAUCCUGAACUCAUCAAAUCAAUGGCAGUCGCUUAUUACAGUGAUCUCUUGGGCUCCUCUAAUGAUGCAGUUCAGCCAUAUAGCAAGAGUGAGCUUCAAGAGCUCCACUCCUUCCGUUGUGAUGCAGUUACGGCCUCGAUGCUCUCUUAUAUUCCUUUAGAUGAGGAUAUUACAAAGGCUAUCUUCUCUCUGCCGAAAGAUAAAGCCCCAGGUCCUGACGGGUUUACCAUGGAGUUCUUCACUACUUCUUGGGGUUUGGUAGGGUCUUCCUUGAUAGCAGCGGUGAAAGAUUUCUUUACCUGUUCUUAUCUGCUACGUCAGGUCAAUUCCACUGUUAUUUCCCUGAUCCCAAAAGUUCCGCGAGCUGAAACUCUCCAGAAUUUUCGGCCCAUCUCUCUUUGUAACACGGUGUACAAGGUCAUCUCUCGUCUGCUGUCCGCGAGGCUCAAGAUUCUGGCCCCUCUAGUGGUUCAGAGGAACCAGGUUGGCUUCGUGAAUGGGAGGCUCCUUUGUGAAAAUAUUCUGUUGGCGUCGGAGUUGGUAAGGGAUUUUAAUAAAGAAGGGAACAUUACAAGGGGCUGUCUCCAAAUUGAUAUUUCUAAGGCGUAUGACAACGUUAGUUGGGAUUUUGUCCGAAAUUUGUUGGAAGCUUUUGAGUUACCGGACAAUUUCAAGGAAUGGAUCAAUCUUUGUAUCUCAUCUCCUCAUUAUUCAGUAUCAGUUAACGGAGAGCUUGCUGGAUUCUUUAAAGGAAAGAAAGGUUUACGUCAAGGAGACCCGAUUUCGUCUUCUCUCUUUGUUAUGGCAAUGGACAUUUUAUCCAAGCUUCUGGAUAACGCGGUUACUUCUGGUGGCUUUGUUCCACAUCCGUUGUGCCUUGAUCCUUUAAUCACCCAUCUCAGCUUCGCGGAUGAUGUGCUUGUCUUCUUUGAUGGCUCGGAGGGUUCUCUUAGGGUGAUUUUGGAGGUAUUAAAGGAAUUUGAGAGAGUAUCGGGUUUGGCUUUAAGUUUGCGAAAAUGUUGUCUUUUUCUUGAUGGGAAUAACAUUGAUACUACUUGUGAGAUGGCUUCGAGAUUUGGGUUAACUCACGGGUCCUUGCCUGUCAGAUAUUUGGGUCUCCCCCUUAUGCCUCACAAGUUGAGACAGCAAGAUUAUCAGCCUUUGGUUGAUAGAGUUCGUUCUAGGAUUUGCUCGUGGGCAGCGAGACAACUCUCUUUUGCUGGGAGACUCUAG